AUGUCAGCCCCAGUCAGCUUGAAGGAUCUCACCACCGAAAACAUCACUGAGAAUGUGCAUGCUAUUAAUUCCCAAUGCUCCAAUCCCCGCUUGAAAUAUAUCCUCGAGCGAGCUGUAACACAUCUGCACGAACUUGCGAGGGAAGUCAGGCUCACCACCGAUGAGUGGAUGGCAGCCAUCCUCUUCUUAACUAAAGUUGGACAAAUCUCCUCAGAAACCAGACAGGAAUUCAUUUUACUAUCAGAUAUUUUAGGUCUUUCGCUCCUAGUAGACUCGAUUGACCAUCCCAAACCUCAAGGAAGCACCCAAGGCACCGUACUUGGCCCAUUCCACACACACGAAGCCAAGAAUAGGGACCAAGGCAGUCUCAUAUCACACGAUCCAGAUGGAGAACCGCUCCUUGUUUUAUGCACCCUGAAAGAUGUUCACGGUAACCCUAUUCCAGGAGCGCAGAUCGAUGUGUGGGAGACGGAUUCAAAAGGCUUCUAUGAUGUGCAACACGCAGAUAGGACGGGCCCGGAUGGUAGGGCUGUCCUAACGAGUGAUGAGAACGGUAACUUCUGGUUCAAAGCCAUUGUUCCUGUCCCUUAUCCAAUUCCACACGAUGGGCCUGUUGGAAAGCUUCUGAAAUUGCUGAACCGUCAUCCGUAUCGACCGAGCCAUAUGCAUUUCAUGUUCAAAAAAGAGGGAUACGAUCCCCUCAUAACUGCUUUGUACUUGAAGAACGAUCCGUACGAAUUGACAGACGCAGUAUUUGGUGUCAAGGACUCUUUGGUGGUUCCGCUCCAGAGAGUUGAGGAUGAAAGGCAAGCCAAGACUUAUGAGGUGGAAUUGGGGUCUGCGCUCAUCUCGUAUAACUUUGUUCUGGUCAGCAAUGAAGCUGCAGUAGAAUUACGCAGGCAGAAGGCAGAAGAGGCGAUGGCUGGUCUGAAAGGCAAGUUCAGAUUCAUCGGCAAUCUACCGGUUCCAGAUGUAGAUUAG